AUGGCAUUAGUUGUCCUGUGUGUUCCUGUUAGUCCAGGCACUAGCAGAUUAAUUUGGGCCUUCCCUAGGAACUUCAAUAUUUGGGUGGAUAAAGUUGUACCUAGAUGGAUACUUCACAUGGGGACAAACCUUAUCCUCGACUCAGAUUUGUGCAUUCUUCAUGAUCAAGGGCUGAAAAUCAAGCAAGCCGUCGAUCCUGCAUAUUGGCAGAAGGCAUGUUUUCUGCCUACAAAAUCAGAUGCUCUAGUUGUUGGAUUCAGGACAUGGUUGAACAAAUAUGCUGGCAGUGAAGUUGAUUGGAGUGGGAAGUAUGGACAGAUAGACACCCUUGGCCUGUAUUGGACUCAUGUAGUGAAUUGCCCCAGCUGCAACCGUGCAUACAAGAUUCUGAAGGUGCUCGAAACCGUUCUGCAGGUCCUGGCUUUCGGACUGAUGGGCAUUGCUGUUGCAACAAAGCAGGGUAUGGUGUCAACAAAUACGAGAGCUGGAUUGGUGAUAUUAGCUACCAUGUCCUUUGCAGCUUCAAGAUGGUUGGCUCAUCUUGUCUAUAGUAAUUUCCAUUACCAUGACUACAAUCAAUCGUUACGAGAGAACGAGAUGAUUGUAAUUCUACUAAGGCAAUUAGGCCUUCAGGUGUAG